AUGGUGCCCAGUUAUACAAGUAUGUCUCGAGUUCUCGUGACAGGUGCAUCAGGUUUCCUUGCGUCUCAUGUUGUUCAACAAUUGCUCGAAAACGGAGAGUAUAUGGUUCGUGGAACAGUCAGAAGCUUGGCCAACGAAAAGAAAGUAGCACCUCUGCGAAAACUGAAGCCUGAAUCUGCCAAAUAUGAUUUAGAACUAGUCGAAGCUGACCUUAUGGACAAGGAAUCCUGGAUGGAGUAAGUAUUUAUAUGUGGUGGACAAAGAUCUUGGUUCCUGUAUUGUAAAUAAAACAGGCCUUAAUAUGCAUUUUGAUAAAAUAAGUACAUCUUUCUUGUCACUUGAUCAUGUCAGCGUGGAACAUUUUCGUGACAUUUUCAACUUCAUAGUUAUUGUCAUUACGUAAUCAUUUGACAUUUAAAAUAAACAUAAUACGUAAGAAUACGAUUAUGUAAUCGUAAAGAUUGACUACCCCCAGAGAAGGAAAAUAUCCCUGCAAAUUACCAUAGAAGACUAAUCAUUAAAGAUAACUUAUCUAAUUUAAAUUCUGAGCAGUUGGUCAACAGCUCUUGUGCAACCUUUUCAAGGGAAGUGCCCUGUUAGAUGCACAGAACUGCUCUUACAUCACCCAUGUAAAAUUUCAGGACCUGAACAAUCGAUGAAAAUCAAUGAUCGGAAAAUCAAUCAAUGACAAUCAAUUAAUUACUGUUGAUUAGCAUCGAUUGGCGUCGGCCAAUCGAUGAUCAGUCGAUAAUCACACUUAAAUGGUCGUGAACUUCAUCAAUUGCCAUCGAUUGGCACCAGAAGCAUAUAACCCUGCUUUUGUUGGCACUAAAUUCAUGUUUCCAUAUCUUCAGGUAUCGCGGGAGUGUAUGCAGAUCGUAUAUUAUUUUUAAACCUUAGUAGCAAAGUUUGAGAAUUGUUCAUCGAUGUGGCUCCAUGAAAAACAGCACAAAUAAUUAAGACAAUUAACAUAUCUCCUUGUCAGUAGUACAAACUUGAUCGAUUUGGCUUCGAGUUCAUUUUAUUGCAAAGAUUCAACUGACCUGGGAUGCAGUCAUCGUUCAAACACCAUUUUAAAAGCUUAUUAUUUCUUUUUCUUCUUCUUUCUUUAUAUGUCUGUGCAGACGCUCAAGUCUACCUCGAUCUUCCAUGUGGAAUUAUUAUGUUAAUAAAUUGAUCGAUUCCCAUCGAUUAUUAAUAAUUGAUAACUUUCCUGCUUCCAAUUUCAUUAUGGUUGGGGGGGAGGGGGUUUGGCAGUUGGUGGAUUGAUGAUAGUAAGUUGCUCUAAAGGAUUAAAUUUCCAGAUAAAUUUUUAGAUUUUUUGCUGCUGACAGGUUGCUUUAAAAUUAAGUAUCCUUUUUUCUUAUUGGAAGAGCUGUUAAAGACUGCACCUACGUGAUCCAUGUGGCGUCACCCUUCCCAAAUGAAAAUCCCAGAGAUGAAAUGGAGGUGAUAAGACCUGCGGUAGAGGGAACGAAAAAUGUGCUUGAAGCUUGUGCAAAGACUAAGGGGGCAGUGAAAAGAGUUGUACUGACAAGUUCUGGUGCUACAAUUUAUGGUAAGAGCUGGUUUCACACAUCACAUUCAUCCAGCACACCUGCAGGGUGUUAAAGAAGUUAUGUGCAAUGUGUGAUCUUAGAAAAAGUAAGAAUGUGACAUAAAAGAACUGUUGCUGUCAUUUGUGAAUUUACAGCCUUGCAUGUGUAGUCUCCUUAUUUUGAUGCUCACAAUUCAUUAUUUUCUGAAACAAGGUUAAUUUGUGAAAGCCAAGUUCAAUAAUUAACAAUUAUUCCUCAAGCCAAAAUGGGCUCUGAGUCAAUAGCCCAUGAGGCUGAAGGCCAAAAUAAUGGGCUAUUGACUCAGAGGCCAUGAGGGCGAGAGGAAUAAUAUUAUUGUUUUACUAAAAUCCAACUAGUUGGUCAAAAAUAUUGAAUAAAAUAAACAACUUAAAGCAAGACUUUAACCUUUUUUUGCCGCCAAAAAUCCGGCGCUUUUCGCUACUAGUGGGCUAUAACAUAUAGCCCAGUAGUAGCUCAACCAAUCAGAAUGCAGCAUUGAUAAUAGACCACUAGUUGGAUUUUACUAAAAUAUGUAAUAAGAAAGCCAUACAUUUACAAAUGGAUGAGUAAAGCUUUGUAGACAGUGCAUUCUUAAGGACUUCAGGCUAUCAACUGACUAAAUGCAACACAAACUGAUAUCAUCGAUUACUUGUCAUUUUCUUCAAACUUUUAAUAUGUAGAUAGGUCACCAGGCUCUUGAUUUCACUGCUUGAAUUAAAUAGGUAUGUUCUAGUAGGCUGUAUGGUCAAGGUCAGAUCUGAUUUAGUGUGGCACAUAUUUGAAAGCAGUAUGCUCCAGUAAAGUAUUUGAGUGAGAAUGGUUGAAAAGUAAUAGUUACUUUUUUUUUCAAUCUACAGCUGGAAGAAUGAGUGAAAAUAAAGUCUUUACAGAGGAAGACUGGGCCAUAGAAGAGAGGAGUAACCCUUACGAGAAAAGCAAGAUCCGUGCAGAGAGAGCAGCGUGGGACCUAGUUAAAAAUUUACCAGGUUGGGAGUGCUUAUUAUCAUAGGGUACAUGUUAAGCCUGUGGUACUUUUUCCCUCUCACCCCGAAAAGCAUGUGUAUUAUCUUUUCAGUUGGCAAAGAAAAAUCCUAUCAGCAACUAUGGAGAUCAACUGAAGAUUUUUUCCAACUGGCAUUCAUUAAACAGGGCUGUCUGCAUAGGAUGUUGAGACAUGAUAACCAUUCACUGCUAUCAACAGUCCUGUUCAGAGCUAUUCAACCUGUAGUUAUGCCUCUUCACCCAGUUUAUUCCAAACCCUGGAACCAAGAGGGACGGGAAUUCCUAGAAAACUUAAGAGGGCUGUGCUGCAUGCAAGCUAUUACAGGCAUCGCAGAAUAACAAGUAGAGACACGUGUAUGCAUUCAAAAGCCUUUAUGAGUUCUGAUCCUUCAUACCCAGUUGAUUGGUAAAAUUAGUAGCCACUGGCUACUAGCGUGGUUGUUGACUUGGUUAUUGAAUAAUCAUUUUUGUAGAUGAUGAGCGGUUUGAAUUGUGUACCAUCACUCCUGGUUUUAUUCUUGGUCCUGUACUCCAGGGUUCAACAUGCACAAGUAUGGAGGUAAUAUUGAAAUCACGGUAGUUGUGGUGGCAGUCCUAAAUGAUGUAUCAUGCUAGCAUAUGUGGGAAUGCUAUACUGUAAAGUGUCACUUUUAAAGUGGCCCCCCACCCCACCCCACCCCACCCCACCUCUACUUACAAGCCCAUCUACCUGUAAACAAAAAAUACAUCCAAUGAUAAACCCCCCUUUACUUGUAUUGAAAUGAAUUUGAUUUAUUAUGAUGUGUUAUAGCUUGAUUAAAAACCAUAAAAUGUAAAACGUAUAUUUUUGACUCUUACCGCUAUAGCUUUGUUUUGAAUCUCUUUUUCUGUUCUGGUUGUAAGCCCCCUUCGCUAUAGGCCCCUCCAUUUUCAAGUCAUUGUAAAACCCCUUACGAGCAUGUAUAACCCCAGGGGUAAUAAGGGGCCCUUUUUUAUGGUAUGUUUUUUCAGCCUAUACUGUAACUGUAGUGUUCAUACCAGACCGCGGCAUCUUUUUCGAGAAGUGCCGCACUAAAAUUAGCCCAAGGGGUCCAAAGGGUGCAAAGAAGGAAAAAAACAAUACAAAAUGUACGUAAGCAUACGUACACAUACGUACAUUUGCUUAUAGUAUAAGUCAAAAUUUAAAUGGUUAUGGCAUCUUUAGAAAACACUAUCAUUAUCUAAGACUGAAACCUCUGAAAACUUUGUGACCCCCUUUUAUCCUCUCUGGGUCCUGUGGACCCCAGUGUAUGAAAUCCUGGUAAGAACACUGUCACUGAUACCAUCACAUUAUCAUAGACAUGGUAUAGAAUGCACUUAUUACUUAGUUGCCCGCUAGUACUCUCUGAAUACCAAUUUAACAAAGUACAAACAUUAACCAUAAAGGACUGCAAAGGACCGCAAACGAAUAUGCCGAAGAACGUAGGACCUGAUCAGCAAAAAUAAUAAUGUAGACAUAUUAAAUUCUGCAAGCAGAAUACUGCAAUGCUGUUUCGCCCUUUUUUUGUUGCGCCAUACUGACGAGCCCCAAAAAGGGCAAAACAGCUGUCUAUGGCUACAAUCCCGCUCUGUUUUGAGUUCUUUCGGUGUCGUGUUGAUGUCUUGCAGAGUUAAUUUUCACGUAGUACGAUCAGCAUUGUAGUAUUCUGCGUGCAGAAUUUAAUAUGUCUACCAAUUUAACACUUCACUUAAAGCUAAGUUACUUUUGUAAGGGCCAACGAUUAGAAAAUAGGGGUUUGAAUCCCAGUGGGUAUAGUGGACAAAUGUUUGUUCAACAUUUCGAAAUAAUUAUAAAGCAAAUUAAGGCUAAUGACUUUACACUUAGGGGAGUAAAUAAUAACAGUUUUUGCCAGACGUGACCUGGCGUCUUCAGGAAUAGUGUCAUUACAGUUCAGCACAAAUACAUUCAAAAGCUCUUGUAUCGUCACUUACUAUCCAACAAAACUGAAAUUUUGUGAUGUAUAUGUGCUAUUUCAGGGUGGUACUUAAGGUAAAAACGUUUUUUGUUAGGGUGUUUCUCGUUUUGUAAAGUAACAUAUUCAGUUUGCAUUUUGUUUAGUUUCAUAGACGUUUGCUUCAAAGAGAAAUGCCCAUGGUACCAAGACUGUCCUUUCCCAUGUGUGAUGUCAGAGAUGUCGCUAGAGCACACAUUAGUGCUAUGAAGUCACCAAAGGCUGCUGGUUAGGGACAUUCUAUAUUUCUAAUCUUUGUUCAGAUAAAACAGUAGCGAUCACUACAGCACACCUCUGUAGAAGAGGCUUAGAUUUGUUGGAAGCAAUCAUAAUGUUCAGUGCAUUUUGGAAAUCUAAGUUGCAGAUGGAUUGCACUCAUGAUUUAGGCCCGAAAUACUACCUCAAUGACAUUAAGUUGUAUUAUACAUUAUCCUAGUCUCUCUUCUUAAUCGUACUGUUAUUUACUUACUUUGCUUCACUGUGUUAUUUCAUUCUAUCCAUUGUAUUGUAAGCUAGUCCAUUCACUUUUAUGAACCAUGUAAUGCAUUGAAUUUGUCUUUCCUCCCCCCGCCUUGAUUAGAACCUUAGUUAUUUGCUGGUCUGAAAAUUGUGUAAUUGUUAACAGUUGAGUUUCAAUAAAAUUAGUCGAUUUUUUGGUUUUGACAUUUAAAAAACAUUGAAAUCCCCUGAGUCCUCGUAUUAUUUUAUAUUUGUACUUACAGGUAACAGAUACAUUACAGUUACGGAGACGAUGUGGAUACCUGAACUAGCCAAAAUUCUGGACGAGGAGUUCCGUCCACUUGGUAAUAAACUUUGUAUAUUUACUAAAUCUCGUAGAUUCUAAAAAGGUGCGAGCAAGCUGAGCCCCUCCCAUUUCGGAACCUCCAGGGCAAAGUAACCGGAACCUACAGGUAACAGAUACAUUACUGUUAUGGAGACGAUGUGGAUACCUGAACUAGCCAAAAUUCUGGACGAGGAGUUCCGUCCACUUGGUAAUAAACUUUGUAUAUUUACUAAAUCUCGUAGAUUCUAAAAAGGUGCGAGCAAGCUGAGCCUCUCCCAUUCCGGAACCUCACUCUCGCAUCGCUUUACGGUCAUUUCACCCCAAAGCCAUUUCGUCUCGGUUACUUCGCCGCCUAUUUUCGAGUCAUUUAGCGCGCUACAAAUACAAUAGUCCUCGUCGUAUAAGCCAUGAACCAAAACAAGCGCGCUUCAAAUAUAUUAACCGUUCUAAAAUAGGGGGCAAAGUAACCGGGACGAAAUUACCGUAGAGCGAUGCAAGAGCAAGGUUCGGGAAUGGGAGGAGCUCAGCUUGCUCGCACGUUCUCGCGCCGCUCGCGUGGCAGGCGCUCCAAAGAAGGACUAGAAGUAUGCUUGCAGGCUGAUUUGCCAAAUAGUUAGCGAACAUGUCGGGAAAUGAAUCUAUUUUGCCUUGGUUUUGCUGUGUCCUUAAGUAUCCCUUCAUGACGCUAGUGUGGUUUAGAGUGGUUUUCGUUUGAGUGUCGUAAAACCAAAACCAAAGUAAUUACUCUGGCCAAUCACAUAGGACACAGACAAUACAUUGAACCAAUCAAAACUCGAAGUAAUUACAUGUGGCUGACGCAAAGCGCGGGAAAAUGCAUGCGAGCGCGUCACAAUUGGCUUUGGUUUUACUUCUGAUUGGAUGAAAAGGUGGCGCGAAUCUUUUAAGCCAAUCGCAUCGUGUAGAAAGUGCAAAACCAAUUACUUUUCGACACUCAAAUGAAAACCGCUCUAUUGUAAACUUGAGAGAAUUCUAGUGAAUAAAUUUUGCUUUCCUAUCUAUCUUUUAGGUUUUAACGUUCCAACGCGAGUUGCGCCCAAGUUUGUAUUACGAUGUUUGGCGUUAUUUGAUGGCUCAAUAAAGAUGAUUUUACCUCAGAUAGGCCAAGAAUCCCAUUUUGACAACUCAAAGGUAAUGUAUGCCGUGAAAUGGAUAAUUUUUGACAGUCGGUGUCUUGUUUUCCGCUGUUGUUAACCUAACAGGCGUGUUGUUGCAUGAUCCGAAGUUAUCCAGUAAGAUGGCCAUGUGUCACACUAAACCACCGGAUAUCUUUUCGUACCGACAUGCAAAGCUAGAGAGAUUUUCGCAUGACCUUGAAAAAGGGUUUCGGUGAGUGGUCGUUGUUUGUUUUAUCAGCUAACGGAUGAAAAGAUCAAAACAUGGCCUCUUCGUUUUCCCACCAAAGAAAACCCUAAUAUGGAGAAGGCAUUUUUCGAUUGGCCAAUCGUGUCGUAGUAUGACGUCAAAGCAUUGUAUCGGUUGAUUUCUAGAAAGUUCGCAAAGAACGUCAUGCCUGGCACCCCAUUACAACCAACGGUAUUUUCACUCUAUUCUUUUCAGGCCAAGAAAGAUUUGGAGUACAAUCCAACUGAUCUGAAGACCAGCAUAACUGAUAUGGCGUACAGCUUGAUCGAUGCUGGUUUUGUCAAGAAGACAAGAAUAUACCAGAACCGUUAAAUUUGAUAUUAAUACUAACAAUGCACGAUUAAGCAUAUACUAUGGGAUGUAUUGAAAAUAUUUGUUCUCCUCUCGAGAAAAUUAAGGGAGGUUGACUGAAGACUGGUAGUUGGCGUAGAACUUCCAGUAGACUGCAAAACAGUCGGUUUUUUUCUCAAAAUCAGUAAAGAAAACGGUAAAGCGUGGCGUAAGAGUCUUACGCGCGCGAAGCGCGCGAGUGAGGCUAGAGAAAAAAAACUUAUUUUUAUCGUCUCUCCCCAGUCUCGCUCUCUGUUUUCAGCCUCGUUCCCAACUUUUUGUUUGAUCGCCGCGCGUGUGGGUACUUGAAUACGCAAAAAUACGGACUGUUUUGCAGGUCUAAACUUUUGGUGGAUAUUUGAAUAUUAAGCUAGAAUAAAAAUUCACUGAAACGAUUGGCAAUUGUUGUAGUUAAUUAUUUAAAAAAAUAUAUUAUUUGAAGCUCCUUACAAAUAUGAUACAUGACUUUUGUUUGUCUCUUAUGGCAAUUAAUUGUUAAUAUUAUUUAAGCUCGCUCCAGUCUAGCCUGCGUAGCAAGCGUUUUCGCGCGAGUUCGUCGAGAAAGUUUGGACGAGAGCAAAAAAAAAGAAAAAAAGAAAGAACGGGGGAGGGGGAGGGGAAAUAGGGAAACCCCAGCACGCAUGCUUCUCUCUCCUCCGGUAAAGAGAAAAGCCGUACUUCUUCUUCCCAUGAUGCACCUCAUACCUCACUUGAAGCUGCGUUCUCGCUCAUAGAGGCCGCGAUCCUUUUGGUCAGCGGUAGAGGCCUCUGGUUUCCAUAGCCAUAGCCAGCGGACAAGACAGACUAAGAUGGCCCGAACCUAUUUUUGUGCGUGUUGGUUAUACAUUCAUACAUUCAUUCGUUCAUACAUUCCCGGUUUUCUCGAAAGCACUAUUAUAAGGUAAUUAACACUGUGGGCCUCGAAAUGGGAGGCCGCGUCCGCUUAGGCUAAGUUAUGACCCACAAACUUAGAUCUCGUUACUCUACAUUGGCUUCCGAAGAGCGCAAGUUAUCAACAUAUGAAAGAUUGAACAUACUCGUUGCGCCCUUGAUAGCCACGUUCAACUCUUCACAUCGCGUGCACGUGUCACUUCUUGGUGUACCAAAACCAAGGUUAAAUUCGCUGUUGAACACUCGCCUAUGCGUAUCCUGGCUUACUUGAGGCCGUAAAGCGGUCGGUACGUGGCUCCUCGUUUUGUUGUUUGGCUCUGUAGUAACAAAAAGAGAGAGAAGGGAGGGAGAAAGAAAUUUUUUUAAGUUAGAUUUAUUGUUUUGUCUUUACAACGUCAUUAUGCUGGCUCUGAUCCAUAGUUGAAUAAAUCGUAAUUAUUGGCCAACCAGCGGUUGAUUAUUAUCCAUAAAAAGAAAGCUUUCUUUCUUAAUGAAUUUGAUAAUCAGCAAUUUAAUAGUAUAUGACGUCAUUGUUUCGUUAUCAUUGGCAUGAUUCGAAACGAAAACAUACGCAAAUUGGUUUCGCCAAAAUUUUAUAAAAGUAUCUUUUGGACUUACUCUGAAAUAAUUUGUUUUCUGUAGCAGACCUCCGGUUCGUUUUCUUCUAAGUACAGGUUGUAAAUUCGUUGGCCUGAUAAAUCCCAUUUUAGGAACUGCUUUCCUGGAUUAUCCUUCCUCGAAUAAUGUGAUUCCUGUGCCGGGAAGGAAUUAACGUGGUCCCUGAUCUGGAAAAAAAAUCGUGAAAACACCUAUCAUGUUUUAGGUAGGGCACAAAACUUAAACUAUACCAAAUCUUUUAACGAAAGGUGUCUCACAUUUUUGUAGGAAACUUGUGAUUGCUCAGUGAUUACUUCAAUAGUAAGAAUAUUAAAUAUGGUUGUUUUCACAUUCUAGAGGUUAAGCAAAAAACGUUUCCUCUCACAGUGAAGCAUACAGUUUGAAGGGAAUAGAAUUCGCAGACCGACUGAAGUUCAGGUUCGGGAAUAUUUGACGCUAAAAGUCAUGGUAUUUAAUACCUUUUACUUUGUUUCUUCGGUCACUUUGGUUGGCCGAUUCGAGUGCUUUCCCCUUCUGUCCCUCGCACCUUCUUUGCUUUGCAUCGUCCUUAUUCGCUGCAUCGAAAUUCCAUGUAAACAGCAGAAGGCAUUAAGGCAGACCUGAAAAAUUUUUAUGUAAAAUACAUUGAAUCAUCCUUUUAAUUGCCUUAAAGGAGUGAGUAAUCUUAAUUUAUGACCAUGCAUACUUCCUUUAAAAGACUAGUGUUUGUCAUGAUAUACAAUAUAUGAUAUGGUCCUGGUGAUCAUGAUAUAAUAAGUCUAACAAUUCUGCUUUGAUAAAGGUGAAAUGAUCAGGCCGAUCAGUUAUGCCACGAUAAACACUUUUCUGUGUAAAUGAGACUAAAAAAAAGGUUUUAUGAAUGUUGUAAAAUUCGACUUGUUUCAGAAACCUUAGAAAAGCCCAUCCAAGGUGUUUUUUAUUGAUUUAUCUGAUUUAAACACACUUUUUUCUCUCCCGAAUUGCUUUAAUCACACUCCUUCUUGGAGCGCAAUUAUGACAAUAUAAAAAUAUAGAAAUUUCUACACCUUUUAUUCCUUAUUGACAGUAUAUUUCUCGAGGUUACAUUGACUCUCAUCUGUUCUUUUAUGUGUACAAAGUAUUCGUACAAACACUUCCUCUUUUGUUCCUUCAUCCCAUCCGCCACUGCAUUUCGUCCUUGAGGUCCAACCCUUUUAAUUUCCCGGCUGUCAAUUAAUCCUUUGAGGUAAAUGUUCUGAAGAUUGUAAUCUUCUAGUCCAUUAAAACGCUCUAUUAUUUUCUUCCUCUCUUCUUUUUCCACCUUCUGAAAACUCUCCAGUUUGCAGCCACAGUCUGGACAUAAGUUACAUCAAGAGUUAACAGCAGGCUUAGCUUCUACGGCCAAUUGUUUCCCUUUGCUUCUCUUUGUUUUGUUUUGCUUGUCCUACCAACCCACUUUUACGAAAGGGAUAAGGAUGGGAAGUAAUGAUUUUUCUAAAUAGCCUAACAGACCAAAGUCACUCGUUACAAAAAGACUUGUGUUACAUCUAACUCUAGCUGCUUGACAUUUAAAACGGAAAAUUUCCUCUAACACUAAGCCCAUCCGAAAAUAAAUAAGCCCACAAAAAAUAAAAGAGGCUUCCAGACAGUAAAAACACAGAGCUUGUUACCGAAAUUUUACGACAUAUCAAGGGAAUGGCUUACCAGGUAUUUAUGGCAUACAUUCCACUUCUCUGCACGUGGGCCAGAAACAAAAAUAGAGUCUGAUUUUGAUUCUGGCCAGGACACCCAUCUGAAUAGCUAACGAUCUGAUGAUCUGUGGAAAAAUUGAAAUAAAAUCUAUUACGAAAAGCACUUAAAACCAGGAACCUGACAUAAAUGGAAAAUUACCUUGCUCCACUUCUGUUUUCUUUGAAAUACGUAUGAAGGAAGGAGGAUACCGCGUUGGUGUCCCUUUUCGCGGUAUCCUCACCAAACAUGUACAUGUGUCCUUGGUCCCCCACGCAGUCGUGUAUGCCCAUAUCAUAUACAUCCACAUUUGUCUCAUGUAGAAAACUUCACUAUGAUGUAGGUUCGGCGUACGAAGGUUUUGUUGAAAAUCGAACUACAACAGCGUCUUUACUGUUGACAUGAUUACUUUCUCGAAGGGUUCUUGUCUUCCCCUUCCACUUUUCUUUUGCUGCCCUUUUAACUUCUUUCUUUGAUUGGUAACCCUUGAUCUGCUGCCUGGUUUUGAUGCUCUCUUCGCUGGUUCUGUAGCUUCUCUUGUUCGGUUCUUAGAGCAGAGAAAUAAACCCAUAAAUUAUGUCUAAAAAAGAUAAUCUACUAAAACUACAUGCAAACGGAUCAACAGAGAUGAGAAUACGUCCUUUUUUGGGCGGGGGUGGGGGUGGGGGGUGGGUACCCCUGGGAAUUCUUGGUGGGUGUGGCCGCCGGGCUCUCCAAGUCCUGAGCCUAUUUCAUACGAAACAAUGUAAAUUUCCACACCCGUUUUCAGACCUGGCCCCCUAAAAAUCAAACCCGCUUUCAGAACAUCUCAUCACUUCCUAUAUUAGAACGCCAACAAAAAACAAGGUUUAUUUAUUUAUCGCGUUUUCCGACAGGAAUAAUUUAAUUGACCGAUUUCUAUGAUUUUUGGCAUCCUUAAAAAAGAAUGGUGGUUUUUAAAGAUAAUGUUACUUAUCUUCUUGUAAAUAUAUUGACGUUCGAGAUAUCAGCAUAUGCUUGAAACCGCAUUUUUACGAAAAGUGUAAAUAACUUCGAAACAGAUAAGCCUCAGGGCUCUCUAGUUUUAUAUCUGCAAGUUUGAAGUCAAUCAUGACCAUACAACUCGCUGCACAAAAUGCUGGUCAAAUUUAAACUUAAAAUGCCACGCUAACACAAAGUUGAUCAUGAAAGUUGACGCACAAAUAGAGGAAGAGUGCCGACGGACUGUCUAUCUCCUAUCUGCAAGGGUAUUCUUACCCAAAGCUUCAUUGCAAGAAACUGAGUAAUCAGAAACCUACGAUGAAUACAGUUCGCACCACAAGAAAACUGAAAUGAAAGUUUGACAUUCGUUAUUAGUUACUUUUUUGAUCCGUGAACUGUGCAAGAGACCUCCCCAAUAUGACCCUCUACUAAGUUUAAGUUAAAUGAUACCUUACCAUCCACACAAUGAUUUAAAAUCUAAAGACGUAAAAGAUGGCGGCUUAGCAGCGGGGGGAAACUGAAUUCCCAUUCUAGGGCCGUAACUUUUCUUUCACAAAUCUAAACUGGCUAUUCACAAGAUAACACAAGAGAGAAUGUCUGAGCUAUCUUGGAUACUUAGAGUGUUUUCACGUGACGUCACAAAGUUCAAAAUUUUCCCGCGAAAACUCCCGCCGCCAUGUUGGUGUCCCUUCGCCGCUUCUCAAGUCUCUUGGAUCUACGGUCAUUUACAUUAUAAAAGAUGUCUAAGGAGAAAGAUGACGCUCCCCAAUUGUCUGAAUAUGCAAAUACACUUGAUCCUCUUGUUAAGAAAAGGUACAUGCAGAAAAUAGCGUGCGUUGGAGUCGAUCCUUUUCUAAUUUCAUGCCGAAUGUCUUCCUCCCACCUAGUCGAUUGACCUCGUUUCGUAUCUUGUUCUUGAAACCAGUCACUACAAUAAGGAACAAUUUAAAGGGACUGGUUCACGAUAAUGCGCAUGUGUGAGUUCUGACAGUAGCUGAUUGUUUUUCAACCAAUCGGAAGCGAGUUAGAUGCAGGCAAGUAAAUUUACGAAAUGCAAAUUAAUUGUUCGCGACGCGAGAGUAUUUCCGGGCAUUUGGUUUGAUUUUAUUUAUCCCCAUAAUUCAAGUUUCUUCUUUGCUACUCCUCAGAUAUAUGUUGCAGCCGACAAGAAUAAGAUUUACAGCCCUGUCCUGCUGUGAAACAAACAUUUACCAAUUUGUAUUUUUACGAGGUCGUACCCACGCUAACAAAGCAGUCACCGAUCGGCAAACAAAAUAAAUAUUUGUAAACAAACAUCUUAUUACUGUUCUCUCAGUUCGCCUUAUAUAAAUCCAGAAAUGCCUACAAAUAGCACCUGACCGGUGACAAAAACGCACAACGUAUGAGUAUAAAGAUUAUCCUUAAUUGAGCGUAAAUUUCAAAUGCUUAUCAGCAAAUGAACAAAUUCAUUCGCAUUGCAUCGGGUCAGUGUUUCGCGAAACAAAUGUUAUCGAGUAGCACACAUAAAGAAACUAGAUUGUAAACAGAAUAUUCAGGCAAUAAUUUAUUUUAAAAACAUCAAUUCUUAAACAUAUACGAUCGUAAAGCAAAGAUACAAGGAACAUUUCAAGUGUACCAGAUCGGUGAAGAUCGCGCGGCCUGUUGAGGUAUAACUACAGGUCGGAGUCAAAAAUCAAAUCAAAAUUGAACGGACUCAUGCCUUUAACCACUUUCCAAGUGUCGUGUAUACUUUUCGUAAGCCACACACUACUCCUAGAACCAUACCAGAUCGAUAGGCUUAGCUUCUCUAUCUCCAAAGACUCUUGAGAACGUCCUGUUGCCAGACGGCCACGAUGCUCUUCUGAACCUCCAUGAUCAAAACAUUAUUUUUUGCGUCUUCUUAAAACGUAACCAGACAAACGACACAACCACACGUUAAUCACCACUACCGAAGUAUAACUAGACCAACCAAAGCGACGGAUGUCCGAAUAAAACGAAGGAUUUUCAAUGAUUGUACCGGUAAUGGCGAUUUCGAAUUUAGUGUUGACCCAACAAAUUUAUUCUGAAGAGACAAACGGCGCGCAUGCGCAUUAUCGUGAACCAGUCCCUUUAAGGCCUUUAAAAGUCUUCAAGCAUAGAGUGGUUUUCGUUUGAGUGUCGUAAAACCAAAACCAAAGUAAUUACUCUGGCCAAUCACAUAGGACACAGACAAUGCAUUGAACCAAUCAAAACUCGAAGUAAUUACAUGUGGCUGACGCAAAGCGCGGGAAAAUGCAUGCGAACGCGUCACAAUUGGCUUUGGUUUUACUUCUGAUUGGAUGAAAAGGUGGCGCGAAUCUUUUAAGCCAAUCGCAUCGUGUAGAAAGUGCAAAACCAAUUACUUUUCGACACUCAAAUGAAAACUGCUCUAUAACCAGUUGGUCCCUGGAUUUGUACAAAGUGUCCACGGACUUAUCAUUACCGGUAAGCAUGUCAGCCGGGAACUGUUUUCAAGAUACUAGAUGCCUGGCAGUUGGAAAUUCUCACUGUACUUUCACAAAAAUCUUUCUCGGCAUCUGCUGAGUCUACUCGAUUUGUAUGUAAAAUUAUAAAGAGUCUGUAGUCUUAACAGAUAUCCUCCAGAGUAUAUCCUCUGAGUUACAAACAACGUGAAAUUUGUCGAGUGCCCUUCAACUUCCGGUGAAACACUACAAUUGCGUGACGCAAAUGCUAGCGACUUCACGAUCCGGCGAUGGCAAGGAGAACGGCAAAAAUAGGUCAAGAAGGCUCGACGGUUGCCUCUACUUCAAGCCCAAAGCAGUUUAUGAAAUCGCUUGAGUUUUCUAAACAACUUUCUGAUCUUUUUACACAAAAACAAUGAGAGGUUUCGUGUAAAUUGGACAUGAAUUUCCGACUGCCGGGCAUCUAGUAUUUUGAAAACCGUACCCGUGAGUCAAGAUUCUAAAGAAUAUGCUUAAUGCAAGCGCGGAGAAUUUGUCCACAACAACACGAAACCUUUAUUUAGAAUCGCUUGGCAUUUCUGAACAAACACUAAAUACUCUGGCAGGGACCGCGGAGGGGGAGGGGCUGGUAGGGCCGCGGCCCCACCACUUUUUUGCGCUAAAAAGAAAAAUAAUUAAAAUAAAAAAAGACUUGAAACAAGUUUUUUCCGUCUAUAUUCCGCUAUAUUUUCUGUAUUUUCUUUAAUUUCAAACGCCAGGCAUUUUGUGGGGCUCCUGUGCUUUUCGCGGUAAUUGUGCCCUGGGGUCGACUUGCUCCUUGAUCAAACGCCAUGCCUUGGCCACCCCUUCGCUUCGUUCAGCUGCGUGUUUUGUACUUCCAGCUCCGAUGACACAUAUUUUAAGUAAGGUGAGUUGUUUUUUUUGUUCAAGUCCUUUCAUUUUCGUAGGUUACAGAAACGAUAGGUUUUUUUUCCAUACAAAUCCUUAUAUUUCGAAUGUUACGCAACAAUGCCGAUGUUCGCCGAUGUUCAUAUUUCGAGUAUCUGUGAUGUCACCUGCCUUUGUGCAAACCCUGAAAUAUUAAAUUUAUGCGGGGGCGUGGAAUAUUAAAUUUUUCACACCAGUCGUGCUGGUUGAGUAAAUACUGCCCCUUGCAGCCGAUUUACACCUUAAAACAGAACACUUCUGAGGAUCGGAGUUGCAACUCGCGCAUAUCAGCAGCAAUAUGUCCCGUGUUCUCGUAACAGGAGCAUCUGGUUACGUUGCUAUGCAUAUUGUCAAACAACUGAUCGAGUCAGGUAAAUACAUCGUGCGGGGAACCGUACGAAGCCUUGCAAACGAGAAGAAGGUUAAGCCAUUGAAAGAUCUUUGUCCGGAAAAUGCGAAAUACCCGCUGGAAUUAGUUGAGGCCGACUUGCUGAAGAAGGAAACGUGGCCAGAGUGAGUAGUCUGAGUAGUGAAAAUGGAAUUUAUUUGUUGCUUUAUGUAUGUGUGUAGGGUUUGGAUUUCGUGCAUAAUUGCAACGGCAUCGUGCUGAGUCACCCUUUGUCAUCACUGUCGAAGUUUUGUCAUGAUAUGAACUGCAGUCCAAAUAAUUAGAAACCAAAUGAAUUUAAUGAUUACCGUAGACUACGGAAACUUACAAGGUUCAGAGUUGUACACUGAUAAACAUUAAAAAAGAAAGGAUUUUGUAAAACCUUGUAUUAUGUGUCCUUCAAUGAUACGGUUUAUUAAAUAUAGGUUAUAAAAUACAAAAACAAGUCUCCCUCUCUAACAGCCCACCUCCAACACCCUAGAAACGGCUUACAAAAUAGGUCCCUCUGGGGGUGGGAAAAAGUAAAAUUAUGGUUAUAUAAAGGAACUGUGUCACGAAAUUCAGCCAAAUUAGGUGAUUAAAAAACAUUAAAGGAAGGUUAAAAUAACACAACAGAUGCCACGGAUGGGCAAACCUGAAGAAGAUUGAAACGGAUUGAAAUUAGGGUUUUUGGAAACUGUUCAGCCUAACAGUUUUUCAAAGUUGAUCUCUGCUGUUUGCAACUUCAAAAAUAAUGCUCAGGAGACAUAUUUGUUUGUCUCGAAUCUCUGAUUUUGAUUUUUCAGUAAUAGUAGCAGUUUUGUAAUCAUGAUUCUUGUAUUAUUAUUAUUAUUGUUAAUUUGAAAUAAAUCAUUUCACUUAAUACCAGCGCUGUCAAGGAUUGUACCUAUGUGAUUCACGUUGCCUCACCCUUCCCUGCUCAGCGGCCGAAAGAUGAGAUGGAGGUGAUAGGACCUGCGGUAGAGGGAACAAAAAAUGUUCUUGAAGCUUGUGCAAAGACCAAGGGUGGAGUAAAAAGAGUUGUACUGACAAGCUCCUGUGUUGCGAUUUAUCGUAAGUAAAAUGUGUUGGAAUCGGGGACGGGACGGGGGAUACAAGCCUUACAAGAAGCGAAAAACCAAGUCAGCUCUAGCCUCCCACGCAGACUUUCUUACAGGCCUCGUCACCUAAUCCAGAUUAGUCAGCCAGGCAAGGAGCGAGGCCAAGCUAAAGAAUUCCAGUCCUGCUAUGUAUAUUCGUUCUCACAAGGGAUCUGGUUAAAAAAGCACCGCCAAUGCUAUCAUAUCGUAAAUUAUUUAAGUAUUUGAAACAUUUAAAGCUUAUGCAUUUAAAAACAUUUAAUACUCAGAUUUCUUAUUAAAAUAGUUACAGAAUUAGCCUAGCCGCACUCCCUCGCAGCCAUUAUUUCUUAUGAUAUUGUGAUGGCCUCUCCUAUAAGCCUUUUGGUUUUUUGAGGUCUCCCCUCCUAAGAACAUGCUGUAUUCUGUUAAAUUCCUUUUUACAUCAAGGCUAACGAAUGAUGAUGAUGAUGAUGAUGCACAUUAUUAUUUUUACUUUUUGUUUGAGGGGGGAGAUGUGAGUACAAAAUUUGGAUUUGCGAAGGGGGCGGGAAGGUAGGCGGAGUGGAAGCUCUACCUACAAAAAAGUGUAUUUCUCUCUUGCUCGUUUGCUUUCUUUUCAGCUGGUAAUAUCCCUUCAGAACGCGUUUUAACCGAGGAGGACUGGGCCGUAGACGAGGUCAGUUCUCCGUACGAAAAAAGCAAGCGCCGUGCCGAGAAAACAGCUUGGGAACUAGUGAAAAAUUUGCCAGGUGAACAGCAAGAAAACAUUUUCGUCACUGACGUCCUCCCUAGUCUUCACUUAAAUGUUAACAAGGGAAGCGCGGGGAGGGGGGGGGGGAAGAGAUGCUGUAUAGUCUCCCGCAACCAGCCCGCAAUUGUUCUUUGACCGCCUACAAGAGACGACUGAGAACGAGUCGGUUCUUGUCGUCUGCAGACCCUAGUUGGCCGUGGCCUUCUUGGAGAUGCUGUAUGACACCGCCACUUUCGCGCUUCCCAUAAUACACUUCUCCUCAUGCAUCGCGUUACGUUCUCUUUCUUUGCGUUGCGCUCGCUCGUGACUUCUCACGAUAUCCCCCAAGUGGAAAGAUUUCUCGCAGGCUAGAUGCAACCCAUAUUUGCACUCCUUCUUCGAGAAGUUGACCUUACUCUUUUGAUUUUUUACAAGUCUUACCUAGAGAAAUGAUUUAUUACUUGACUUAUUGAAAUAUUUGUUUAGUUUGCGUUGUUGUGAUCUCGCCUUUGCGAAUGUAUUUUAUAGAUGAUGAAAAGUUUGAGCUGAGUUGCAUCAAUCCUGGACUUGUUUUUGGACCAGUCUUACAUGGGUCAUCCUGCACGAGUAUGGAGGUAAAUCGAAAUACAUACUAUAUUCAGUUUCCAUGAUACGACAUAUUGGGAUCCAUAAAAACAGGCAGAAAUGGGAAAAAAGUUUAACCGGUGAAUGAGAUAUUUUAGGGCCGGAAAGGAUAUAACAGAAGAAUAUCUGGAUGCCAAGGUUACCGGGACUUUUGAGAAACGGGAACCAACAACCAUGGAUGUAGAUAUAAAACCUUUUCCCUUAAGAAACAGAACCAAACUCGUCCCCAGGGUGCUGGGAAAAGCGCCCUGGGCCUGGGGACGAGGUUAAAACAGAACGACUCGCCCCAUAUAUGGGAGUCUGGAUUCAGUCAUCCAGCAAAUUUUUGUUGUGGAAUCUGGAAUCCUGGGCUUUGGAAUCCGGAAUCCCACUAACGAUUGGAAUCCGAAAUCCAAGUUCCACCGAGAAAGAAUGCGGAAUCCAAUUCCUAGAAUCCGGAAUCCACGGCGUGGAAUCCAGAAUCCAAGACUGUCUUGGAUUCCCUUGCACAGACGAAUCUUGCAACUCUUUGCACUUUGAACGAAUUAACGUUUCAAGGUAUUUUUUGUUAUAGUUUCACCUUAACAUGCUUCAUCGUGGAGCACCGUUUAUCCCGAAAAUGUCAUUACCUUUUUCUGACGUCCGAGAUGUUGCCGCAGCGCAUAUAACAGCCAUGACGUCACCAAAAUCCCCCGGUAAGUGAAAUAGCUCCAUUUCAAAUGAAGGGAAGAAAAUUUAAACGAAAUAUCUUUUAUAAAGCGAAUGUAACCCAAACCCUUUGCAAAUAUAAUUGGAAUUAAUAGUGAUAAAUAAAUAAACACUCCAUGUACAUUGUAUGUAAGAACAGCACAGUAAGCUAAAACUUCAGCGUAACUUAUUAAAAGUUAUCUCUGUCUGACCUCGAUGGCUUGUAGUAUUUUUUAAGUAAUUGAUAACCUGAUUAGGAUAGAGGACCACUACUUUUUUAGUUGCACUCUUACGUGCCACCCUCUUCAAAUUAAGUAAAGAUGUUAAGGGUAGACUCACUUCCUUACUUUUACCUGGGACAAACUUAGAUCCCCACCUUAAACCAUCUCUCGCUUGAGCCCAAUUUCCACUUGCGCAUUUCCCAUAAUACACCUUGUUUGCCUCCCAAAAUUGGGGGACAAAUUCACCGGACUAUUAAGACUGUCUCGUUCUUCCUUUUAUGAUGUGGUGCCAGGAAACAGGUAUAUCACCAUUACAAAAUGCGCGUGGUUUGAAGAAGCGGCAAAAAUGCUGGAUGAAGAAUUUAGGCCUCUUGGUAAGUGAACCGAUUGCUAUACGUUUCAUUGUUUUACUUUUCUAAACACAACCGGCGUGAAAAGGGCUUAAAGUAAAAGGAGAGGGCGUUCUUGCAAAUGACGAGCGAGCGACGCUUGUCCGCGAGCUAAGUUCUCAAGUUCUGUUAGCACAGCCUUAGACUGAGCUUAUUUAAGUUAAAUUAAUUUAUUUAAUUUAAUACAUUGUCACUCCAUAAAUUGAUAACAAAUAAGAAGGGAGUGGUGGGGAAGGACUAGUAGGAAACAUUUUUGAGAACUGUACGAGCAAGUCCAACCAAUUUUAAAAUAACUUUGAACAGGCAUGAAAAGAAAGGUAUGCCCAAGUAACAUAAGACGACAACGAUCUAAGUCUCAAAUCUUAUUCAUGUAAUACUCUCUGGAACACUUUUUCAAACAUGACCGGCUUAGGCUUUUAGUCUGGCCCAAGCUUCUUGGUAAGCGAUCCCAUAAAAAGGAAAAAAUUAUUCGGCGCAGAAUGUUGUGCAAAAUUGUACCAGGCACUUCUUUGACUUACUUGCUCGAAUUAGCGCUCUCUUGUAAUUAGCACCCUCCAGCAAAAUAACGCCCCCCUUUAGGCUUAAAAUAUUAAAUAAGCGACUCCCCCUUAACACAUCUCCUUACUGAUACAAGGUAUACAGUGCGUACAUGUUCAAUAAACAUUAAGCGUAUCAUAGAAUCAAUUGAAGAUGAUCCAUUUAAGGGCUUCACAUGGCCAAAGAGGCCUGGCUCCUCAGGGAAUAGUGCUUGAGGAUAGCGAUUGAAUAGGUACCACACAAACACACAUCUGGGUACAUACGCUAAAGAUACGUUCUUGUUUCCCUAUUUGGACUAUUCGAUGUUACAGUUUUCCUUCAUUUGGGACAAAGUCGAGUGUCAUGUCGAGACCGAAACUCUGAAAAAAAUUCAGUUGAAUUAACCCCCCCCCCCCUUCCGCUUCGAAUUAGUGCCCCUUCUCGACUCAAAAAAUAAUAACACUAAGCACCCUGGCCCUGGGUUCUUAUUUAAGCAUUUCGGUUAUAUUGCGGCAGUUUUGAAACCAGCUUUCAUCUGGUUGCAUUUAAGGUUAUGAUGUUCCCAGUGAAGUUAAGGAGUUAGGCCCCAAGUUUAAUCAUGAAGUGAAACUGGACAAUUCCAAGGUAAGUGACUUUACCUACUUUGGUAAGAAAACGUUUACGUGAAGAAAAUUUGUCCCGGGAAGGAGGGUCAUCCUCCAAGCCGAGUUAACUAUAGCACAUUAAUAUGAGAACAAAGUUGACACAAGAGCAUUCGCGCAUGCGCGGACUGUCUCGCCUUCAGCCGUAUCGAGUUGACCUAGCCUGCGAGCAAGCUCUCCGGGGCGCUCUGGCGGAGGGGCGGGAAAAUGAAGAAGAGCUUGCAACUACGUCUCUGGAAUUUGAAUUCCACCUACAAUUCCCCUGUGGCUCCCUGUCGACUGAGCUGUCAGAUUUCCACCAAUCAGCGCAAAGCAGAAACGAGCGCCAGUGUAAACAAACAUUGAAAAACACGUGCCAAGGGUAAUGACGUCAUUGCAAAUGUAAUGUUCAAAUUCCAGCGACGUAGUUGCAAACUCUCCUUCCUUUUCCCGCCCCGGAGCGCCCCGGAGAGCUUGCUCGCAAGCUAGAAUUGACCCGACUGAGCGAGCCAAAGUGUUUAUAUGGAGAAAAGUUGGCCCGGCUAAGGGAGUAACUCUACCAUCGAAAAAUGGUGUCCUGGCAAGGCGGGUCACCCUUCUAGUCGCUCCAACUUAACUUUUUGUUUCUCCGGUUAACGGUUCGAGCCAUUUUGUAACGAAAUGAACGAAAAGUUAACUCGCCCAGGUUAGCUCGGGUAGGAAAGUAACCCUUCUAUCUGGCACAGCAUUUCUUCAUAUAAACAGGGCCAUAGUAUAGCUCCGGUUUCAUUCCGGCGGAUUAAAACUCAAACAUCGGUUACCGGAUUGAUUCUCGCCCAGCCUCGACCAUCGUUUCUUUCUCUUUCUCUUUGAUUCCCAUAUAAUUCUUCUCCUUAAAAUGAAACUACUUGAUAAAACAUAAACUUACCAAUUUGUAGUUCCGUAAACAUUUUCAGUGCUCGUGCAAUUGUCUUCUUCUUGUUCGGUUCAACAGUUUCAAUAUUUCGUUUGAAUCACGGCACUUGAACGCAAGUAGAAGUUUGUAUCACUUUGUUCAUCAAUUUCCCAAGUUAUUUGCAUAACUAUAGUUCACCGACUUUUGUCACAUUGAUUGUUUUUGUUCUGUGUUUUGAAUAAAGCACGCUUAGAAUAAUAAAUCAACCAAUAAGAGCAAAAUGCGAUACUCCAGGGAUUUGAUGCUGAAUUGUUCAAGCACUAUCGGAACGUGUUUUAGCAAGUCUAAAACUCUCGCGCCUCGCUUUCAAAUUUUAAAGCUUGAUGAAAGAUUGUUGUUUGGGCUUUAAACAUUUAGAAAAGAGUGGCUUUCAUUCAAAGUUUAUUUACUAUUUUUCGAAUCCCUCAUAGUAUACGCUGUUUGCCCCCCACCCCUCCCACCUCCAAAUUUUGCAUAAGUUAUCAAUUGUUUUAAUUGUUCUUUGGAAUAUACAGUCCUCCAAGAGUAUUUGAAGUCUUCGAAAACAAAAGUUUAAUCAUGCAAACUUGGGGGCAAGCAGGGUGUAUUAUAUAUGAGGAAUUCAAAUUCGAAUUAUAGAAUUCUCAAGCAAUUCUUGAUUCUUCUAACAUUACUUGUAGGUAAAGUCGGAUCUAGGAUUCCAGCCACGGGACUUCAAGGCCAGCGUGAUCGAAAUGGCCUACAAUCUGAUUGAGUCUGGCUUUAUCAAGAAGACACCUAAAUACGAGGAGAUCAAAGGAGGAAAGUCGACUGCCCAUUGA